AACUUCUUCUGGGAAGUUAGCUGUUGGAAUUCCAAGUUGUUUACUUCCUCGCCCAAACCCCGUUACCACUUUUCCAUUGGAAAGAUGCGGAAAAUAUUUUUCCAUGUUUUUCACUUCGGGCUUCUUCUGUAAUGUUCCUACAUUUCAAGGUCACACGACAAAAUCGAUGACGUCAUUUAUGAAUUCUCAAAUUGAUUUUAUUCAUUUUAAGAUCUAUAUUCUUCCUCAUAUGUAUCACGCGAUAAACAAUAUAAUAAGAAUAAUCUGUACGAGCCAAUGUGUAGUUAACAAGUGGUAGAUGCAAAAGAAACUUUGACAAAAAAACAUUAAAAAAGUACCACAAAAAUUGGUGACGUACUACACUGACACAUGUUACUUCCGGGUAUAAAAAGAUAAAAGAAUACCCGAGGCGGAUGUCAUCUUGAAAUAUAAUAGCAACAUACAUACACUUGUAGACUGAUGAUAAAAGAUAUCUAGUCACCAUGAGAAGAGUUCAAACCUUUACAAGAUCACUAUUUAAACGACUUUACACAACAUCAAAUAGAACACAAAGGGAAAAUCCAGAAUCACUGAAAUAUAUUAUUGCUACACUAGUGGCUGGUAGUGCCACUUUAUGUUUAGCCAACAAACUAAAACAGUCCGAAUUGGCCUGUGAUGUUAAAACUGUUCUGGCUGAGUCAUCGAAAGAAGACGAUACACCUUCAAAUAAAAGUAGUCCCACACUAACUUGCGCUAUAAAUGAGUCUAGGGAUUUAAUACAGAGAAAAAAGGAUGAGUGUGGUUGUCCAGGGAUGGUGGUAGCCGUUAGUAUAGAUGGCAGGCAAGUAUGGGCUGAGGGUUUUGGUUUCUCGGAUGUUGAGAACAGAGUGUUGUGUCAUCCUGGCACUGUCAUGAGAAUCGCUAGCAUCAGCAAACCUAUGGCUAUGACAGCCGUUGCUAAGGCCUGGGAAGAUGGGAAACUUGACUUGGACAAACCUAUUCAAGAAUAUGUUCCCUAUUUUCCAGAGAAAACAUUUGAAGGUGAAAAGGUUACAUUGACAACCAGACAGUUGGUGUCACAUCUAGGAGGUAUAAGGCACUAUGAGAAAACUCUCAAAGAGGACAACAAAAACUCCAAAGAUUCAAAUACUGACAAGGCCAAUGAUAACAGAAGUAAGAAGGCUAAUGAGAAGAACUCUAAACCAAUUGAAGAAAAAGCAGAACAGAAGAAGAAAGUGAGCAGUCAGUUUGAUAACAAAGAGUAUUACAUUAAAGAGCACUAUGACACAGUUGAAGAUGCUGUGAAAAUAUUCAAAGAUGAUCCUCUGCUUGUUAAACCAGAGAGCAAGUUUCUGUAUACAACACAUGGUUGGACUUUGAUCAGUGCAGUGUUGGAAGGUGCUGUUAAAAAGUCAUUCACAGAGCAGCUUAAGACUGUCCUCAAUGAUCUUGGGAUGUCCCACACCAACCUUGAUGAAGCAGAGCCUUUGAUAUACCAUAGAGCCAGAUACUACCACAAAGAUAAGAAGGGAAGAUUAGCAAAUGUGCCAUACGUCGACUGCUCCUAUAAAUGGGCGGGUGGUGGACUUGUUUCUGAUGUGAGUGAUUUGCUCAAAUUCGCCAAUGCCAUUCUCUACAGCUAUCAAGUUGAUGAUGUCAUAAAACAAAAUACUGUAGACCAAUCGAAAGACAAUCAAACUCCGAGUAGAAAUAAAUUACUACCAGGAUACUUAAAAUCUGAAACUGUGAAAAAAAUGUGGACACCAGUAGUGAAUACUUCCAACUCCUCAGAGGGUGGAAAUUAUGGGAUGGGCUGGGGUAUCCGGAAGGAGAGCUCCGAAUAUGGAUAUGGGAAAUAUCACCAGUUUUAUGCUGCCCACACUGGAGGGGCUGUGGGUGCAAGUAGUGCUCUAUUAGUCCUGCCCUCUAGGCAAGGGGCUAGCUGUACGUCUUCCACUGAGCCUCCAAGAGGAGUUGCUGUCGCUAUAUUGACAAACAUGCAAUCUGUCGGAAUGUUAAAAACUGCUGCUGAAAUUGCUGAGAAAUUCCAAACUGUAAGAGAGUCUAAUUAAAUGAAAUAAAUAUAAUUGCAUAUGGCUUACAUGUAGGUUUAUGAUGCAUGUACAUGUAGUCAGGUAAAAUCAUUUUGUGGUGCCAAUGUAUUUACAGGGUUACCAUUAUUUCACAAUGUAUACAUGUAAUAUAUGAAUUAUUAUUAAUUUUACAAAAUCCUGAUCUCAGAUAUUUGCAGCAACCAUCAUGCACAACACAAUUUGUACUUUUCAAUGACA